AAAUUUCAAGAUGGUAACUUGUCAUAUAUAUUCAAAUAGCAACCUAUAAAUGAUAUUAAUGUUGAUGAAGUAUUAAGGGGAUUAUCAAGUGUGGAAGGAGCCAAUGGUUUUGUGAUAUUUAAUUAAGACUGUAAUAAGGCUUUAUUGAUUAAAUUUUAGGUAUUCCAUUAAAAAGAUCAGAAAAAAAUAUUACAUACGAAAAAGCUGUUCACAUGUCUGCGUUAGUGGCUGAUUUAUGGAAUGUCACUAAGAAAUGCAUCCAAAGAGAAUUAAGAAGUGCUGAUGUAUUUAAUGAAUGAAAUAACUUAGAAUGAUCUUGAAAUUAUUAGAAUAAGGACUAAGGCCCAAUCUGAAUACAUUAUUUCUUAAUGUAAUUUUAAUACUUAUUAAAUAAUAAGAGGGUGAUUACACAAUGAUCGGCAUAUAAUUAUGUGGAAAAGCAAUUGAAGAGGCUAAAUAAGCUGCAGCUGCCGAAGCUCAAGCAGCUGCUGAAGCAGAAAAGGCAAAAAAAGGAGAUAAGGAAUAAAGUUGA